AUGUCAUCCAACUCAUUAUUGAAUAAUUAUGUGAAAAACCUAAUAAGGAGCGAUAAAAAAUUAAUGAACUUACCAAAGAAGGAAAUGUCACGCUUGUUACAAAAAAUAGACAUUCAAUUGGAUUCCAAGAUCAACAAAGCUAUUAACAGUGUGUUGGACCAAAAGGUUGCCAAAACAGACAAAGAUUCAGUGUCUUCCGGGUCGAGCUCUAGCUCAAGUUCAAGUUCAAGUUCAUCUGGCUCAUCGAGCUCUGACUCUGAUGGUGAUGAUGAAAAUAGCUCAGGCGAUGACAGUGAUUCGAGUGAAUCAGAAGAUGAAAGAGACAAAAAGAAUUCAAGUGACAGUGAAAGCGUUGAGGAUAAAAUUGAAAACGCCGGAAAAAAUCUUAGUAUUAAAAAGGAGACUGUUUCGUCAAGUACUUCAUCUUCAUCUAAUUCUUCAAGCGAAGAUGAAUCUUCAUCAUCAUCAUCUUCAUCAUCAUCAUCUUCUUCAUCAUCAUCUUCCUCCUCCUCCUCCUCAUCAUCAUCAUCGUCAUCAUCAUCAUCAUCAUCAUCAUCAUCAUCCUCGUCGUCAUCUUCAUCAUCCUCGGAUAGUAGCAGCCUGUCGUCUGACUCAGAUGACAAAUCUUCAUCUGAAAGCUCGUCCAGCUCUUCAAGUUCAAGCUCAUCAUCUUCAUCAUCAGACAGCAGCUCAGCUUCAGAUUCAGACUCAAAUUCAGACUCAGACUCAGACUCAGACUCAGACUCAAUUUCACAUUCUAAAACCAGUCGCAAAAGAGGUCUUGAAGAUGGUGCACUGGCAAAAGAUGUAGUCAAAAAGUCAAAAAUUGCUACCCCAACUUCUGACUCGUCAUCAACAGACUCAAUCACCCUUACAACUACUUCCGAACCGGACUCUACAGCAGCAACAGUAGAACCAGAAUUAAAACCUGGUCAAAGAAAGCAUUUUUCAAGAAUAGAUCGUAGUAAAAUAGCAUUCGAAGAUCAAGCAUUAAAGGACAAUACCUAUAAAGGUGUUGCUGGUACUUGGGGUGAAAAAGCAAGCGAAAAAUUAUUACAGGUUAGAGGUAAAGAUUUUACUAAAAAUAAGAAUAAGAUGAAAAAGGGAAGUUAUAGAGGAGGUAGUAUUACCUUUGCAAGUGGUUCAUAUAAAUUCACUGAUUGA